AUGGCGGAGCCAGCCGUCAUGUGCACCGGCCUGGCUGCGCCAGUCACCGGCGUCUUGUUGUUGGGAGCGCGUUUGGCCUUGGCCGGCAAGGGUCAAUGGGUUGAGCUCUGGGAUCGGCCUUCCGCCCAGCUUCUGCUUCGUCAACAGGUGAUGGCUAUCCACGACCUGCACUUGCUGCGGCGCGUGAGUGAUCCCGAGGCCCCGACCUCACAGAUGGAGGACGCCGUGCAGCUCCUUGCCGUUGGUGGCAAAGAGCUUGUUGCGUUGACUCUGCACCUGGACGGGUCGACCCCACGCCUGUCCGUGGUGUUCCGCCACACCGCACGCGACUGGAUCUGGGAUUGUCAUGUGUGCCGUGAUGAUACAGCGCGCAUAGGGACGCCCUGUGUGCUGGCCGUGGCCCUGGCUCUGGGCCACAAUCAAGCCGAGCUCUAUCACUGGCACGGCUCGGCGGACGACCAUGCGCACGAGGGACAAUUAAAACUUGUUGCGCGCGCCGUGGGUGAGGUCAACUGUCUCCUAUACGCGGCCCGGUAUCACGGUUCUCAUGUCCGAGACCUCGUGCUUGCCUCAGGCACCAUCUUCCGCCAAACCCACCUGUGGUAUCCUUUUGACGGCAUUGAGCCGCAAACAGACCACACGGACACCGCCCUACCCAAAGAGCAUGUCAAGUCCACCGUUUUGGUGCUGGACGGACACGAUGGCGUCAUUUUUAACGUCCGCUUCGACACGGAUCGGCGCCAUCUCAUUUCGCUUAGCGAUGAUCGCUCCGCUCGACUCUAUCAACUGCCCGCAGACUUGAGUCCUCACCGGCCUUCUGCCCAGUCCUUGCCCAUAUUGACGCUGUACGGUCAUACGGCGCGCGUUUGGGAAGCAGCCUUGCUACCUCACCUCAUUGUUACUGCUGGUGAAGAUGGCGUGGUCAAUUAUUGGAGUUGGACUGGCGAGCGGCUCCGUCGUUUCCAGAGUCAUCGUGGUCUUGGGAUCUGGAGUCUGGACACGAGGGGUGAUCAGGAACUCGUCACGGGAGGCGGCGAUGGCGCCCUCACGCUGCAUAGCACUGCGCCUCAGGAUGUGCAGGCCCGCAUCCAGGAUGGGGCAUGGACAGUACCUGGGCUCACAGCGGAGGAUCAUCCCAAUCAACUCGCCUGGCUUGACGGCUUUGUUCUUGUCUGCAGCAAGCAGGGGCACCUGAUUACUCAUCAGCCUGAGUUUGAGCGCCCGCAAGAGUCCAACCGUCCUCCUUCCGAAUCUGCUCUUGCCACACGGCACUGUCCGCAGUUGGCCCGUUAUGCCGUCAUGGGGGUUGAUCCGGCUGGAACUUUUGCCGUACUUGCUGGUCUUCAAGGCUUUGUCCUGGUUGUUGGUGGUGCAGAUUUGACGCUGUGGUCUGAGACCCAGGUGGGAACUGAGCGCUUGGUGUUUGUUCAGGUUUUACCCGACAGCCUGCUGGUGCUCGGGAAUGCACGGGGCCAUUUUGUCCUGGCUCGAGUGCAGAGUGGGCAUGUUGAGGUUCUCGCCCAAUUUCAGCACACGGACCCGCGCACCGCCGUGCAAUGCUGUGCCAUUGAUGGCGCCCAGGCCAACCUCUUUCUCGGGGAUCGACAGGGCUACGUCCACCAUUAUGCCCGCCCCGACGUCACACACGAAGCCCCGCAUGUAGCCGACUGGAACAGUUGUGGCAAGUUGUGCGUCCAUGGUCGAUCUUCCCUCACCUCGAUCCGUGUCCUUCCUUGCACUGAUGAUGAGGGUGACGAGGGUGAUGAUGAGGCCGAGGUUGCAGGCCCUGGCUCAAGCGGGCUCCAGCUUAUGACGAGCGGGCGCGAUGGUUACUGCUGCCGCCUCAAUUGUCGACUGGCUGGUCCUUCAACUGGUGCUUUGCGUUUGGAGCUGGCUUCUCGCUUUCGCCUACAUCGUCAAGUGGAUUGGAUUGCCGGCUUGGAGUUGGAUGUGGAUGCCAACGUCCAAUAUCUUCACGGCUUUAUCAAAAACGAGUUUGUCUGCCUGGAAGCAGCCACAGGACAUUUGGUCCAUUGGCAGCAGACCUUGGCGGGCAGCAAUACCACUCAGCAGCUGGGCACUCGCUUUCACGGCCGCGUAUGCAAUGCCGUGGAGUUGAUUCCUCACCUGGGCAUGGCAAUCACGGGGGCGGAGGAUCUUCAGCUGGGUGUAUGGCGGCUGGGCGAGCACAAAAAUGAGCUGCAAUUAGCUUCCUUUGUUCGAGAAACCGCGGUCAUCCGUUGCUUGACUCACGUGCAACACCCGAGGGUGGGCACGGUGGUGUUUGUCGGUUGUGGCGAUGGCCGCGUCAAGGCGUGGUCCGUACCUGGUCCUGAUAGCCGACAAUGGCAGCUGCAAUCUUGCUGGCCGUCCAGCUACUGGUUGCGGUAUCAGGCUUGGCAAGAGGCGCGUGUCAUGGCCCUCGAAGUUUUGCAGACCACCAACUCGAGCAUCGACCUGGUGGCCGGCUACUCAAAUGGGCAACUGAUUGGCCUACGGUUGGAUUUGGAGACACGUCGCCUGCAUCAUCUCGGUCGCUCGCUUGAGCUGCCCUGGUGUUGGCUGUCGACAGCUGUUUGGGCUUCUCACUCUGGCCGCUUCAUGGCCGCCAAUACACGGGGUCAAGUUGCGCUAUAUGACUGGGCAUCUUUUCUGACUCAAGAGACAGAUUUGUCCACGAUUGACAGUCAAGCCCCGGCGGAAGCGCCAGGUCCCAUGACGGUUAUUGAUGGCGUGCAUCAGUCGGGCAUCAACGCCAUGGCUGUGAUACCCGCACCCGUGCCGGAGGGAGCGCGGUGGCUGGCCACGUGUGGUGAUGACAAUGCCGUGGUGGUGACCGAACUGUCCUGGGAGGCGGACGCGGUUCGGGCCCAGACCCGUUUGCCACGUGCCCACUCGGCUGGUGCCACGGCGUUGGCUCAGGCUGGCUCUGGCCUUUUCAUUUCCAGCGGCGCUGACUGCCGUGUCAAUCUUUGGCGUUAUCACAACGGAGCUCUCGUGCUUGUGCAAGCGGUAGUGGCGGCCGUUCACGAUGUGCAAGCGGCGGCGGUCCACAAGUAAGCUUUCAGGACUAAAUCCUGGUGUCCCCCGCCGUUGC